AUGUUUCGAGUCUCAUCAAAUAUCAAACUCCGUUUCUCUCUCUCAACAUUCCCCAAAAGAUUCUCCUCAUUUCGAGCUACUAAACCAGUGAUCGACAAGGCAUCAAUCGAUGGAGAGCUAAGAGUUUUCAUCGUCGCCGGCGAAGUCUCCGGCGAUAACAUCGGCUCUCGUCUUAUGGCUUCACUCAAAAAGCUCUCUCCUUUACCUCUCCGUUUCCACGGAAUUGGAGGAUCAUUGAUGUCCAAGCAAGGACUGACUCCAUUGUUUCCUAUGGAGGAUUUGGCUGUGAUGGGUGUGUGGGAGCUCUUGCCACAUCUAUAUAAAUUUCGUGUGAAGUUGAAAGAGACUAUUGAUGCUGUGACUAUGUUUAACCCACACGUUGUUGUCACUGUUGAUUCAAAGGGCUUCUCUUUCCGUCUUCUUAAGGAGUUACGAGCUAGAUACAAUCAGCAGAGGGAAGCUUCUUCUCCUGUGCAUUUCCAUUACGUGGCGCCGUCGUUCUGGGCUUGGAGAGGAGGAGAGUCAAGACUUGGAGGUCUGUCUGAGUUCGUUGAUCAUCUUCUCUGCAUUCUUCCGAACGAGGAGAUGGUUUUGAGGGAACAUGGCGUGGAAGCAACCUUUGUUGGACAUCCUGUUCUUGAGGAUGCCUCUGAGUUUAACCUUGUGAGGACGUGCAAGCCUCAGGAAUCGAAGCUUGAAGGCUUGAGUACUAGCAAAGACUCCACAGUCAUUUCGGUGCUACCUGGAAGCAGAUUACAAGAAGUUGAAAGAAUGCUACCAAUAUUUGCCAAAGCAAUGAAGCUACUCAAACACCAGUUUCCAAAGCUAGUCACUCUCAUCCACGUCGCAUCCAACACUCAAGUGGAUCGUUACAUUAAAGACUCCCUCCAUGAGUGGCCAGUUCCAGCAAUCCUAGUCCCAAGUGGAUCCACUCAGCUUAAAUAUGAUGCAUUUGGCGCGAGUCAGGCUGCGUUAUGCACAUCAGGAACAGUUGCUGUUGAGCUACAGCUAGCUCGGCUACCUUCCUUAGUCGCUUACCGAGCACAUUUCCUAACAGAGCUAUUGAUCCGUUACAAAGCCAAGAUACCUUAUAUAUCUCUCCCUAACAUUCUCCUUGACUCACCAAUCAUUCCUGAAGCUUUGUUUCAAUCCUGCAACCCUUCCAAUCUCGCCUCGAUACUAGAGAGACUGCUCUUGGAUGAAGAGAUGAGAGCAAAACAAGUUGCUGCUGCUGAAACCUUGACAAGGCUCUUGCAUCCAUCAAAAAGCCUACAUUGCAAUGGUUUGGAACCUCAUGGAUAUACACCGAGCACUUUAGCAGCUUCCACUAUUCUUAGCUAUGCCAAGAGUUGA